AUGGAAAUUGAAUUGUGGGAGGACAAUGUUAAAUCGGAAACACAGUCUAGAAUGAUUCGAUUUAUUGAUGAGAUAUCAAAAGAUGUUGGUAAAACAUCAUACUACUGUGACAUCUGUAAGAAGUCGUUCACUCUAAAAAGACAGAAUGCAAAACCACACCACUGUGAUAUCUGUGGCAAAUCAUUCUCUCAGAAAAGUAAUUUGACUACACACUUAUACAUUCAUACAGGACAUAAUCCUAGACCCCACUGCUGUGAUAUCUGUGGUAAAUCAUUCUCUCAGAAGAGUAACUUAACAACACACAAAUACACUCAUACAGGAGGCAAGCCAAAACCAUAUCACUGUGAUAUCUGUGGUAAAUCAUUCUCUAAGAAAAAAUUCGGUAAUUCAUUGCACGUGUUUGAUGAACACAAGUGUAAAGAAUGA